UGCAGUCUGACUCGUACAGAAUUGAACCUUGUUCGACAUAGUGAAAUAGGAGUUGUCACCGAGCUUUUUCAAGCAAAUCGUUCUUUCACUUUGCUUUAAUGUAUUUAUCAUUUGCAGUAUUAUCGAUGGAUAUUUCAUCUCUAAUUCUCGUAGGAAGUGCGGUAUACUUGAUAGUACAAUUGUUACGCUUUAUCUUCGCGGAUGCCGACUUCACCUUGCUUUGGGCAGCUAAGUUAGGGAACAAACCAGAGGACAAACUGCGAGGGCAAGUGGUGUGGAUCACAGGGGCCUCCAGUGGCAUAGGUGAAGAGCUGGCUUAUCAGUUAGCUGCGCUCGGUGCUCGACUAAUUCUGUCUGCUCGGAGGCAGAAUGAACUGGAGAGGGUGAAGCGCACCUGUUUAGAGCACUCCACUCUACAAGAAAAGGAUAUUCUUGUUCUUCCACUCGAUUUACUGGAUCGGGCAUCCCACGAAGCAAAAACUGCCACUGCGCUUCAGCACUUUGGCAACAUUGAUGUCCUGAUUAAUAACGGUGGUCGCACCCAGCGCUCACUGUGUUUGGACACCAGUAUGGAGGUAUAUCAGGCCAUCAUGGACCUCAACUUCCUGGGUACGGUGUCAAUCACCAAGCAAGUGCUGCCUCACAUGACCAGCCGCGGAACAGGUAUCGUGGCAACUGUCAGCAGCGUCGUUGGGCUGGCAGGGGCGCCCCUAGCAACAGGAUAUUCUGCCAGCAAACACGCGCUGCAGGGCUUCUUUAACUCUUUGCGGACUGAGCUGACCGACUAUCCAGGUAUCACCAUCAGUACAGUGUGUCCAGGACCUGUGCAGUCUCAGAUCGUCCACAAUGCCUUCACAGAGGAGCUUCACAAGGCUGUGUCUAAUGCAGGAGACCAGGAGCACAAGAUGCCCACUGCCCGCUGUGUGCGUCUUAUCCUCGUUGGUUUGGCCAAUCAUGUGAAAGAGAUGUGGAUCGCCCAGCAGCCUUUUCUGCUGUUCUACUAUUUGUGGCAGUACAUGCCGACUUUGGCUUGGUAUGCGACCAAUGUAUUGGGCAGGAAGAGAGUGCAGAACUUCAAGGCAGGACUGGAUGCAGAUUCUGCCUACUUUUCCAAGCCGAAGACCAAGACUUCAUGACAGUCGUCUUUGUUCUAUGCUUUUCUCUGCUUUUCCCAAACUAGUGAAAUUUUAUCCAGCCACUCAGCUCUGCACUGUAAAAUCAUUUUGGAAAAGUAUUUUUUUAAAUUGUUUUUAUCGCUAAAAAGUCAGUGAUUCUGUUUGUUUGGUUCUUUUUG